UUAGUUUUGAUACACAAAUAAAAUAUGCUGGACUUCCUUAUCUAGGUUUAGAACAAGCUGAAACAGUUCAAAAACUAUUAAAUGGAGCAAUAUUUUAUCCAUUUACUAUUGAAAUAGAAAAUUUUCUUUUGAUAUCAAACAUAAGUUCUAAAUCUUCUAAAUCUAUACCUGAUGAUAUUUUGUUUGCUAAGAAUCAUCCUAUAACUUUACAAAAAUUAAGCCAAUUACAACAAAUUCUUUUAUUACAAAUUCCUAAUAAAUAUACAAUUGCAGAUUGGAAUAAUCAAGAAAUUAUGGAACAGUUAUUUAAACUACAUUUAAAAAAGCAGUUAGUGGAUCUUAUAAGGAAUGGAACAAAUAAAGAUUUAACAAAAAGUAACAUAAUUGAAUUAUAUACUCAUAUGAAAGAUAUAUAA